AUGAAUCUUGAAGGAAAGAUUGAUUUGGAAAAUAGACCUGAAGCUGUGAAAAAAGAGACUGACAGUAUGGCAAAUGCGGCAGUGGCAUUAAUUGGAUCGAUAGAAAAUUAUGUAAUGGGUGAGGAUUUUUCAUUAUAUAUUAAUCGUAUAGGUCAUUUGUUGAAUUUAAAUAAAAUUGAAAAAGACGAAAGUAAGACGUCCUUUCUGAUAAGUCUUGGAGGCGCUGACCUUUAUAAGACCUUGACCAGCGUGCUAGCACCGAAAAGUGAAAUAGACUUCAAAUAUGAAGAAAUAGUGGCAAAAUUAAAAGCCCACUUUGCACCAACAAAAAACAUAAUUUUUGAGUGCUAUCAAUUUUUUAAAAGAGACCAACAUACUGGUGAAACUAUUGCAGAUUAUAUUGUCGAAUUGAAGCAGCUUGCACGAGAGUGCGAUUUUGGAGAAUUCCUCGAUAAAGCUCUCCUUAUCAAAUUUGUUUGUGGGUUAAAUAAUUGCAGUAUUCAGAACAGACUACUAAAUGAAGUAAACCUUAAAAGCUUUGAGCGAGCUUGUGAGCUAGCAUUGUCGUCGGACAUGACGAAUAAUAGUAUAGAGCAAAUGAGGUCCAACAGCGUAAAACAGAUCAGCGAUAAUCAACGUGGCAGAGUAAAUCAAAGGGAACAAUUAGACAAAGCUUUUAGAGACAAAAGUAAGCGCAGGUAUAAAAGUGUUGAAAAAAAUAAGUACAUUUGUUAUCAUUGUAAGAAGCCAGGGCAUAUACAGAAAAAUUGCUGGUACAAAAAUAAUGAAAAUAAAAAUGUGAAACGGGAAUAUCAAAAUAGAGCAACAAAGUGGGACCAGAAAAACCAACGUAAUGUUAAUUAUUUAGUUGAAGAAAACACGGUAAAUUAUUUGUGCAAUUUACGAAACGAAAAAUCAGAACCUUUAGAAUGGUCAAUUGAAAUUGAACAAAACAAAUUGAAUGUGGAAAUUGAUUCCGGCGCAAAUAUUAAAGUCCUGACAGGUCAAAACAUUGCAGUGGUUGGUCAGGUUGAAGUGCGCGUAAAAUUCGGUGGAAAAUGUUAUGAGCUUAAUAUGGUUGUUGUAGACUCAGCGCAUGCAUUUAAGAUUCUGUUGGGUAGAAAUUGGCUUGAUAGGUUGGUACCUAAUUGGCGUAAAAAUUUUAUAGAAUCAACGUUGGUCAAUUUAGUAAAAGAAAACUGUGAAGUCGAUUUUACAAAAUAUAAACAAUUAUUUAGUAAAGACAACAAUUCAACAAUUAUUGGUUAUGAGGCAGAAAUAGACCUUAAUGAUAAUGCUUAUCCAAUUUUCAGUAAAGCGCAUUCAGUUCCGUUUGGCGUACGACAAAAAGUAGAGGAGGAAAUCCAGAGAUUAUGUGCAGAAGGGGUUAUGGUGCCAACAACCAGAAGUAAAUGGGCGAGUCCCAUAGUUGUAGUAAAUAAAGGUGAUGGUAGCAUAAGAUUAUGUGUGAACUGCAGAAGAACAAUUAAUCGAUUUGUAGAAAAUGAGCAUCACGUUAUUCCGCGAAUUGACGACAUUUUGGCAAAUUUGUCUGGGUGGAAAUACUUUUGUAAAAUAGACUUGACGGGAGCAUAUUUGCAAGUCAAGGUGUCCGAAAGAUCACAAGAAUUUUUAACUGUGAAUACACAUGUUGGAUUAUAUAGGUACACUAGAAUGGUGUAUGGGUUAAAAACGGCACCACAAAUUUUUUCAAAAAUUAUAAGUGAAAUUUUAAAGGGAUUGAAUAAAGUGCAUUCAUAUUUCGAUGAUCUUCUAAUUGGGGGAGCAAACAUGAAAGAAUGUGAAGAAAAUUUAAAAGCAACUUUAGACAGACUAUUAGAGGCAAACGUAAAAAUUAAUUAUGAAAAAUGCCAAUUUUUUAAAAAGGAAUUAACGUAUUUAGGUUACGUAAUUAAUCAAAAUGGAAUAUUGCCAUCAGGAGAAAAAGUCAAAGCAGUUUUAGAUGCCCCGGCGCCUACAAAUAAAUCAGAACUAAAAUCGUAUUUGGGUAUGGUUAAUUAUUAUAAUCAUUCAAUACCUAAUUUAUCGGCGGAAGUAUCGUCAUUACAUGAGCUAACUAAAAACAAUGUAACGUGGAUAUGGAAUGAAAAACAUCAAAAUAUAUUCGAAAAAUCAAAACAACUUAUUGCGAAUAUUGGCGUUUUAACACAUUAUGAUCCACAAAAACCAAUAAUUAUUUCGUGCGAUGCAAGUCCUUAUGGCUUGCGAGGCGUUCUGUCACAUAUUAUUGACGGUGAAGAACGUCCAGUUCAAUUCGUAUCUAGUACGUUGUCUCCGGCUGAAAAGAAUUACUCUCAACUUCAUCGCGAGGCUUUAGCGAUAGUUUUUGCAGUGAAGAAAUUUCACAAUUAUAUUUUUGGGUUACCGUUUACCAUUGAAAGUGACCAUCAGCCAUUGCGGGAAAUUUUUUCAAUAAAAAAAAAUCUGCCAUCGGUAGCAGCGAACCGGUUACAGCGAUAUGCUGUUUUUUUAUCAAUGUAUGAUUACUCAAUUAAGUACAAGAAGGGAUCGCAAAUGGGACAUGCGGACGCGCUGUCUCGUUUACCUCUGCAAGAAGAUACAAAUGAAGAUGACGAUAGUAUUAAUAUUUUUAACCUUAUAGGCGACCUUCCAAUUAAGAUUGACGACAUCAAAAAUGAAAUGUCGAAAGAUGUGGCACUAUUAAAAACGUACAAAUAUGUUAAGAAUGGGUGGCCAGAAAAAAUUGAUAAUAAUUUAAAAAAAUACUUUAAAAUUCGAAUAUCGUUAGCAACUGAAGAUAAGUGUGUUUUUUAUGGUGAAAGGAUUGUAAUUCCAGAGUCAUUGAGACCGAAAACAUUAGAACUGUUACAUAGUGGUCAUAUCGGAAUCGUCCGCAUGAAAGCUGUUGCUAGGACAUAUGUUUGGUGGCCGGGUAUAGAUGCUGCAAUUGAGGAGUUCGUCGGGUCAUGUGAAGCAUGUUGUAUGAAUCAAAAACCGUCGAAACAAAUUUUUACCAACUGGGAAGUAACAAGUGCUCCGUUUGAGCGUAUUCACGCUGAUUUUUGUAAAUUUCAAAAUUUGAAUAUUUUAGUAAUUGUUGACACUUAUUCGAAAUGGCUUGAAGCUAAAAUUUUGCGCAAGACUGACGCUAUUACAGUCAUAGAAGCGUUAAGAUCUACUUUUGCUAUUUUCGGGCUUCCGAAGAAAAUUGUGACGGACAAUGGUCCACCAUUUAGUUCAAAGGCGUUUAUACAAUUUUGUACUAAUAAUAAUAUCGAAUGUUUAAAAUCGCCACCAUAUCAUCCGCAAUCGAAUGGCACUGCGGAAAGAGGAGUACAAACUGUAAAAAACGCUUUAAGAAAGGUCCAUACGUAUGUAAAUGAAGACCUAACUUAUAAAGAAGUUUCAAAUACUGAGGUUGUUGAUACAGCAAAACCAUUCGCUAACGACUACGACACAGAACAAGGUGUGGAUACUGAAAAUGAACGACUGGGGUUGAGACGUUCUGAGCGACGUAAUAAAGGAAGACGAGCAAACUAUAACUGA